CACUUGCUCUGCUGAAGCAUGUUCUUCCUCGCAUUGGGAUCAUCUCGCCGCGAAUCUUGCAUCGUCCCCUAUCUUCCCUCGGCAAAAGCGCGAGCAAUGCAAAUAAACAAACCCCUGGUCAAUCGCCAAAAACAGUCGCGGAGCUUCAGCUGAAGAAAGAGGCUCCGUGCUGUCGCACAUUUGAUCUCUGUUUGCCACUCAGUGCCAGCAGAGCAGGUUCCAGUCCUUCGAUCUCCCAUUUGCGCUCUUUGACCAUUGACCACCACCGACGGCCUUUUACAACCAGACAGUAUAUCGAUGGGUCGCCUCAGCCGUUUCACUCAAGUCCUAGAUCGAUUGACACUGCUCAAUGCCUUCAUCAUUCGCGCAGGAAUGGCUCCUCAAGUGCUUGGUAACCCUGUGUCUCAGCCAAUUGCACAGACACGCAACAACGACAUGCUACCUCAAUAUUUGGGUGCACAAUUUGGACAAGAAUUCUCAAUGAACCUACCAGACCCAACGACUGCCACCUUCCUCGUCCGACAAAGCACAACAGAAGGAUUCAGCAUUGUGAGCCACAAUAACUUUCAAUGUGAUAAAAUCCCUACCUGUCUGUUCCGUCAGUGGUCGCUUGACAGAAGGAAAGUAGAUUGGUAUUAUACUUAUGGUGCUUGCACUUUGAUUGCCAACAGGGGCCACCAGGCAGCUGGACUUCAUUCGUCUUGGUUCCAGCUCUAUUUUAAGCCAUGGCGGACUCCGGUUGCUAUUUAUUGCACGAAUUCCACCACACUUGUUGGUGCUGUGUCCCUCUGGCCUGAAUUGCGAUGCACCUGGGGUGCGGCACGUCGUAACAGUGUGUGUAAACCGACACAGUUCGAAACAGGCGUCACUUUCAAACUGGUGUGCAAGUUGGACAUGGACGUCUGGUGUCUGGACUCUGCGCGAUCAUGGAUGAAAGAUGUUACAGUCUCGCCAUCCCCACAGUGUCGAACGAGUGUCUGCGAUGCUCGGUUCAAGAAAAGCAAGUACCCUAACUUGUUCUGCAGCCUAUGCAUAAACAGUCGCGACAAGAGUUCACAGUGCCGAGCUGCAUUUGAUAAUCAUGGCAGCUGUUUCUUUCUCAACAAAUUCAUAGGAAAGGGCUGCAUCUGAUACGGACGCCACGAUCACUACGGCCGAAGCUUAUCUAUCACUUGAAUGGAACGCUAUUCAGGCGCUCGCUGUAGGGCUAUUGGCCAUACAAUCAGGAAGCGUGCUUUUCGUAGCUGUCUAUCAUGGGACUCCUAAGC